AUGCCUCCCUCCGCAACAGCCCCGCGCCACUGCUCGCCGCCGGCGAACGCCGACCUGCUGCCGCGCCUUCGCCUCGCCGCUGGCGCGAACUCGCCGUGGCGCAUCCUGCUCCAGUCCCUGGCCCUCGUCGUCACCUCCGGCCUCUCCUCCUCCCACCGCGCCCUCUCGUCCCGCCUCCUCAACUCCCUCCUCCCCCACGCUCCCGCCCGCCUCCUCCCCGCGCUCCUCCGCCUCCUGCCCCGAGACCACCUCACGCUUGUCCUCCUCGUCUCCUCCAAGAACCACGCACGCUCCCUCCCCACCGCCUCCGCGCUCCACGCCGCCGCCGUCUCCUCCGGCCACCUCCCGUCCGACCUUCGCAUCGCCAACUCCCUCCUCUCGCUCUACCUCUCCGUCGGCUCCCCGGCGUCCGCUCGCCGCCUCUUGUCCGACAUCCCCCGCCCGGACACCGUUACUUGGAACACGCUCCUCUGCGCGUUCCUCCGACUUGGCCUCCUCCCCGCUGCCCGCCGUCUGUUCGACGAAAUGCCGGAGCGGGAUGUUUUCUCGUAUAACUCCAUGGUGGCUGGUUAUGUGGCUGAGGGCGACAUGGCCAGUGCGAGGAAUCUGUUCGAUGAAAUGGAGCAGAGAGAUGUGGUUACAUGGAACUCGAUGCUCUCUGGGUACGCUCGGCACGGGGAUAUGAAGAACGCCAGGAAGAUCUUUGAUGCGAUGCCAGAGAGGGAUGUUGUGUCGUGGAACUCAAUGCUGGAUGGAUAUGCCCAGGCUGGGGAAGUAGAGACGGCAAGGUUGGUGUUCGAUGGCAUGCCAAAGAGGAGCAUUGUGUCGUGGAAUGUUAUUCUUGCGUUGUAUGCAAAGCUGAGGGAUUGGCGUGAGUGUUUGGGGAUGUUUGAUGUGAUGAUGGCAGAAGGAAACGCAGUACCAAAUGAGAAGACAUUUGUGAGCGUUCUGACAGCUUGUGCAAACCUAGGCGAUCUUGAGAAGGGGACAUGGGUGCAUGGUUUGGUUCGUGAGAGGUGGGAUAGGCUUGUGCCAGAUGUUCUAUUGCUUACAACAUUGUUGACGAUGUAUGCUAAGUGUGGGGUGAUGGAAACUGCAAGGGAAAUCUUCAAUUCAAUGAAUGAAAAGAGUGUCCCUUCAUGGAACUCGAUGAUCAUUGGGUAUGGCUUGCAUGGGCAGAGUGAAAAGGCUUUUGAGUUGUUUUUGGAGAUGGAGAGAGAUGGGCCUAGGCCAAAUGAGACAACUUUCAUCUGUGUAUUGAGCUCAUGUGCUCAUGGUGGUUUGGUGCUUGAAGGCUGGUGGUGUUUUGACAGGAUGGUCAGGUUCUACAGUAUGGAGCCAAAGUCUGAGCAUUUUGGAUGUAUGAUGGACCUUCUUGGUCGUGCUGGACUGCUUGAACAAUCGGAGAAACUCAUUGAGAAUUUGCAAGGUAAGGUGUCACCAGCAUUAUGGGGCAUCCUAAUGUCAACCUCUCAAACUCAGAACAACACCCAACUUGGAGAGUUUGUGGGAAAGAAGAUGAUCGAGAUGAGGCCGACAGAGGUUGGUCCAUAUGUCCUUCUAUCAAACAUUUAUGCAUCAGAAGGGAGAUGGGAUGACGUUGAGAAAGUAAGGAAGAUGAUGGAGGAGAAGGGGGUGGAGAAGGAUGUAGGGUUGAGCCUAAUAGGAUCAAGGGGAGGUCUUAUUACUGAAGGCAGCGGUUUGGCUCCACGGAAUGAUGUGAUGCUAUCCAUGCUGGGUGAGAUGGGUCUGCAUAUGAAACGAUCAUCUGAACAGCCCAACGGCAGGAAAAGAAGCGCCGUUGUUCAUUGAAGCUUCAACAGUAAAUGUUAUUUUGCUAUGUGACUGUCAACUGAGAACACAAAGAUGGCAUGCUCAUGCCUCACCUCAUUUCCUGCUUCCCAGAUGAUUUCAGUGGCAGUUCAACCUUGAAAUUCAGAGGCAUUCUUGCAAGCUGAUUGCAUGACAAGUUUGCUUGGGCCAUGGUAUAGCACAUCUGGGUUUUUCUGCAGCCUGGAGGUGAAUCGGGCAUCGAAGUCAAAGAAGUUACACUAGGUAAUGGGGUUUCAAAGACUGCCCUGCAAGACUCAACUGAUUACGACAGAGAAGUGCUAAUUUGCUUCUGUGAGGAGUGAGGGUGGAAUUCUGACGUCGACCUGGAAUAUGGAUUCGAUUAAUAGGAGUGGGACAACUGCAGCAUAUUCCAAAGGUACACGUAGCUCUUGUGUUUAUGCGAAUACAGUACCGAUUGCUUGGGCAACAUUUG